AUGCUGAACUAUCUAGCGGGUCACAAAUGUGGUGUUGUUGUUGAAUUGUGGGUCAUGCUUCGUCGCAUGUUUUCUUCUGUGCCGUCUGAACAUGCUAGAAAAGUUAUGGCAAAAGGACUCCCCAAAAAAGUGCCAAUUUCGGGAGUAGAUAAGGUUAUCCUCGUUUCCUCUGCGAAAGGAGGAGUAGGUAAAUCGACGGUCGCAGCCAAUUUAGCUGUUGCAUUAAGUAAACUAGAAGGUUCUGGUCAAAUUGGCCUCAUGGAUUCUGACGUCUUCGGUCCUUCUAUACCCCAACUUAUGGGAAUUGCUGGGAUUCAGCCUGACACAAACAGUGACAAUCUCAUUCUUCCUAUCCAAAAUUAUGGGAUUAAAUGCAUGUCCAUUGGAUCUCUCACAAAAAGGGAUUCAGCAGUUGUUUGGCGAGGCCUAAUGGUUGCAUGGGGUCCCCUGAAUACCCUUGUGAUAGACACCCCUCCAGGCACUGGGGAUGUUCAUUUAUCACUCAGUCAGAAUGUACCUAUCCGGGGUUCUGUUGUUGUUACGACGUCUCAUGCAUUGUCCUUAUCCGAUACUCAACGAGGAAUUGAAAUGCUUUUGAAGCUCAAUGUUCCUCUUCUAGGGAUGGUAGAAAACAUGGCUAGCUUCGUUUGUCCUAGUUGUAAGACUACUUCCAGUCUCUGGCAUGCUGCAGGGUCGACGGAGGAAAGUGGCGCUGCAAAGCUAGCUGCUCAAUAUGAUAUUCCCUUACUCUGCCAAAUUCCACUAGAGCCGGGCGUUUCAGUUGCAAAUGAAACAGGCUUGCCAGUUGUUCUCUCUCAUCCUGGUUCCAUGACGACGGUCGCAUUUAUGGAACUCGCUGGGCGAAUCAAUACUUUGCUCAAGUAA